AUGUAUAUUGGACAAAAUGAGAUGAGCGAUAGGACUAGGGCGUACCCCGCAGGCGACGCGCAGGGGCAGCACCCGGCUUCUGUGGGAAAUGGACAAGGGUUGUCGCACCAGCCCGGGUGGGGGCGACGUAAGAAGCAAGCCCGGGAACCUAAGUGUGUGAGAUUGAGGUAUGCCAGCUGGAAUAUAGGGACUAUGACUGGGAGGGGAAGAGAGCUAGCAGAUGUGAUGAAAAGACGACGUAUAAAUGUAGCCUUCUUACAGGAGACGAAGUGGAAGGGUGCAAGGGCUAGAGAGAUUGGGGAAGGAUAUAAGUUCUACUACUGCGGGAGUAACGGCAAACGCAAUGGGGUCGGUAUAGUACUAGAUAGUCAGUUGAAACAGGGUGUCACUAAUGUAAACAGGAAGAGCGAUAGGAUUAUCGCUAUAAAAGUGAUGCUGGAAAACGUAACACUCAAUUUGAUAAGUGUGUAUGCUCCCCAGAGUGGAUGUGACGAUGUAGUGAAAGAGAAGUUUUGGGAGGAUUUUGAUACAAUUAAAAUGGAUAUACCAGCAAAUGAAGAGAUUUUCGUGGGUGGAGAUUUUAAUGGACAUGUGGGAAGAAUGAAUGUAGGGUAUGAAAGAGUGCAUGGGGGCUUUGGUUUUGGAAGCCGUAACGUGCAAGGUGAAGCACUGUUACAAGCAGCCGCCGCCUUUGACCUGGCAAUUGCCAACACCUGGUUCCAAAAAAGAGAUGAACACCUGAUCACCUACAAAAGUGGUAAACACACGACGCAGAUUGAUUAUUUCCUUGUUAAGCGAAAUAAAAUCAACUGUAUCAAGGACAUUAAAAUCAUACCAGGAGAACAUCUUACUUCGCAGCAUAGGCUGCUUGUAAUCGAUCUCAACAUAAAAGUCCAUAUACUUAAAAGAAAAGAACGGCUUCCACCAAAGAUACGAUGGAAAAUGCUAGAGAAGUAUGAAUGUGCCAAAAAACUCAAAGAACGGGUGAUAGAUAAAAUGAUAGAGAUGAAAGAUAUGGAAGGAUUGAAUGGGAACGAAUGUUGGAAAGAAAUGGCAAACUGUAUAAGGAGAGUAGCGAAAGAUGUCUUGGGAGAAUCGAAAGGCAAAGGCAUCAUAGACAAGGAAACUUGGUGGUGGAAUGAGGAGGUGCAGGAAAUACUAAAGCAAAAGAAACAAGCAUUUAGAGAAUGGCAAAAGGUUAAAGCUGGACAAGAAACUGAGGAGGCAAUAAAAAGAACGAAGUAUAUGGAAUGUAAGAAGAUGGCAAAACGUGCAGUUGCUAUAGCCAGAACAACAGCACAGGACAAAUUGUAUAACUCCUUAAAUAGUCCUCAAGGCGAAAAGCAGCUGUACCGCCUUGCCAAAGCGAGAGAAAGGACUUCCCGUGAUGUAUCUUAUAUAAAAUGUGUGAAAGAUGAUGCAGGAAGGGUGCUAACGAAAGAUGAAGGCAUAAGAGAACGUUGGAAAGGCUACUUUGAAAGGUUGAUGAAUGAAGAGAAUGAUUGGAGUAGAGUACUGGAUCAUAAACCGAUAAAUAUGGGUGCAGUGAGAGAAAUAUAUAUGGAUGAAGUAAGAGCGGCUGUGAGAAGUAUGAAAAAUGGAAAAUCAGUAGGACCAGAUGAUAUACCAGGAGAAGUAUGGAAGUUAUUGCGUGAGGAUGGAUGUAAGUGGUUGACUUUGUUCUUCAAUAAGUUGUUGCAUGAAGAAACUAUUCCCGACGAAUGGUGCGACAGUUUGCUGGUGCCCAUUUUUAAAAACAAAGGGGAUGUACAGGAAUGCAACAACUAUAGAGGAAUAAAGCUCAUGUCACAUAGCAUGAAAAUAUGGGAAAAAGUGAUAGAGAGACGCCUGAGACACGAGAGUGAUAUAACACAAAACCAAUUUGGGUUUAUGCCAGGGAGAGGUACAACAGACGCCAUUUUUGCACUUCGCCAACUGUGCGAAAAAUACAGACGUGCAAAAAAGAACUUGCAUAUGGUGUUAGUGGACCUUGAAAAGGCAUACGAUCGAGUACCCCGAGAGGUUUUGUGGUGGGCUUUGAAAGAGAAAAGCGUGCCUGGGAAGUAUGUGGAGCUAAUUCGGUCAAUCUGCUGGCACCACCGACAGGUUCAGUGUCACGGUAGGCUUGCACCAGGGAUCGGCCUUAAGUCCUUACCUCUUCCUGCUUAUUAUGGACGCUCUGUCGUCGGACAUACAGGAGGAGGCACCCUGGUGUAUGCUUUUCGCUGAUGACAUUGUGCUUGUGGGUGAAGACGGACUCGAGGUACAGAGCAGACUUGAGAAAUGGCGGCAUAAGCUGGAGAAUGUUGGCCUGAAGAUCAGCAGAUCUAAAACUGAGCAUAUGUUCUGCGAUUUCGGCGGUCUCUCCAGUUUCGCUGCCAUGGAACUCGAUGGCGUUACGUUGCCGGUCUGCUCCGACUUCAAGUACCUCGGUUCGCUGGUACAGUGCGAUGGCGAUAUUGACCGUGAUGUGAAAAACCGGAUUAGCACAGGAUGGAUGAAAUGGCGACAGGUCACGGGAACCAUUUGCGACGCCCGAAUGCCUCUUCGAUUGAAGGGUAAAAUUUAUAAAACCAUCAUAAGACCUGUCGUCAUGUAUGGAUCGGAGUGUUGGGCCCUAAAGGUGACGGAUGAAAAGAGGUUGCAUGUAGCGGAGAUGAGAAUGUUAAGAUGGAUGUGUGGUGUGACAAGAAUGGAUAGGAUAAGGAAUGAGUAUAUAAGAGGAAGCCUAAAAGUUGUACCUAUAGUAGAAAAAGUAAGAGCGAAUCGCCUAGCGUGGUACGGGCAUGUGAUGCGGAGGGAUGAAAGUCAUGUGACGAAAAAGGUAUUACGAAUGAAUGUGGAGGGAAGUAAUGGGAGAGGAAGACCGAGAAAAGGGUGGAUGGACUGUGUGAGAGAUGAUAUGAAGCGAACGCAAGUGAAUGAUGAGAUGACGGGCGAGAGAGAGGCAUGGAAGAAAAAGACAUGCUGCGCCGACCCCAAAUGAAUGGGAUAAGGGCAAGCGAAUGAUGAU